AAUCCACUAAGACAAGCAAGUGAAAGCCAUGAAGACUUGGCUACUUCCUCUUCUUUUCCUCUGUAGCCUCUUGCCUCCCUCCAUUGCAAGAGACACCAUCACCCCGAACACACCCCUCAGCGAUGGCCAAACUUUGGUUUCACCAGGUGGGAACUUUGAAUUAGGCUUCUUCAGCCUGGGCAAUUCAAAGAAUACAUACUUGGGCAUUUGGUACAAGAAUAUCUCACCUCAGACAUUUGUUUGGGUUGCCAAUAGAGAAGCUCCGCUUACCAACAAUACUGGAAUCCUAAACAUCAGCAGCUAUGGAAAUCUCAUCCUCUCCAAUCAGGCAGCCAAGGUUUUCUGGUCGGCAAAUUCAACGAAAGCAAGUAGCCCAGUGGCACAGCUCUUGGAUACCGGGAAUUUUGUUGUGAAAGAAGGUACAAAUGAUUCAAAUAGCUUGUUGUGGCAGAGUUUUGAUUACCCAUGUGAUACGUUGCUUCCAGGAAUGAAACUUGGAUUGAAUUUAACAACUGGUUUUGACCAAUAUCUUACCACAUGGAAGAGCAGUGAUGACCCUUCACCAGGGGACUACUCAUUCAAGCUUGAUCCUCAUGGAUCACCGGAGUUCUUCAUAUGGAAGCAAUCGACAAAAGUGUAUCGAAAUGGGCCUUGGAAUGGGAUUCGAUUCAGUGGUGAGCCUGAGAUGGAUUCUGACAAAUACUUCACCUUUGAAUUUGUCGAUAAUCCACCUGAAAUAUAUUACACGUAUCAAGUUGUAGACAGCUCGAUUGUUUCAAGGUUUAUGCUGAACCAAUCAACGAUUCAACGAUAUGUUUGGUUUAAUUCAUCAGUAGGGUGGAGCCUCUAUUGGUCGAUGCCAAGAGACCGAUGCGAUAAUUAUGCUCAGUGUGGCCCGUAUGGCAUUUGUAACUCGAACGACUCACCAAACUGCAACUGUCUUCAAGGAUUCAGUCCCAAGUCACCACAAGAGUGGAAUCUCAGAGAUGGGCAUGACGGGUGCGUGCGGAAUACCAGGUUGGAUUGCCAAGGAGAUGGAUUUCUAAGACUGUCUCAGGUCAAGUUGCCCGACUCCUCAAACUCCACUGUGAAUGAGAGCAUGAGCCUUGGGCAGUGUCAGGAGACCUGCUUGAAUAAUUGUUCAUGUACGGCCUAUGCAACUGCUAAUAUCAGUGGAGAAGGAAGCGGUUGUAUUUUUUGGGGAGGUGAUCUGAUAGAUAUUAGGCAAUUUGUUGAUGGUGGGCAGGAUCUCUAUGUUCGUCUUGCAGCAUCUGAUCUGAGCUCAACCGGGGGCGACUCGAACAAGAAGAAAAAGGCGAUUGUUAUUAUCUUUGUAAGUAUAGCAUGUGGGCUGCUGUUAUUGGUGUCAAGUGGAUGUUACAUCUGGCAUAAGAUGUUCAAAGUUCAUCGUAUUAAGUUAGGUGGGCGAAGGCAGUUGUCAUUUGAUUUUGCUCUUACUGCAUUAGGUCCUACUCAGGACCACCAGCCAGAAAAUGAAGGUACCAGAGGGAAAGAACUGGAACUCCCCCUAUUUGAACUAAGCACCAUAGUGAUGGCCACGGACAACUUCUCUAUCGCUAAUAAGCUUGGUGAGGGUGGCUUUGGCCCGGUUUACAAGGGUGAACUUGAGGAUGGGCAGAGCAUAGCUGUGAAGAGGUUGUCAAGGCAUUCACUACAAGGCAUUGAUGAGUUCAAGAAUGAGGUUUUGUUGAUCGCCAAACUUCAGCACGUAAAUCUUGUUAGACUGCUUGGUUGCUGCAUUCAAGGAGAAGACAGGAUGCUAAUCUAUGAAUAUAUGCAUAAUAGAAGUCUGGACACCAUUAUCUUCGAUAAAACCAAAUCCGCACUCCUGAUUUGGCAAAAGCGUUUCAGUAUCAUUGUGGGGAUUGCCCGUGGACUUCUUUAUCUUCAUCAGGAUUCUAGGUUCAGAAUCAUCCACAGGGACCUCAAGGCCAGCAACGUUCUUCUAGAUAAAGACAUGAACCCCAAAAUCUCAGACUUCGGCGUGGCAAGAAUAUUUGGAGGAGAUCAGAGUGAUGCAUAUACCCAGAGAGUGGUUGGAACAUAUGGGUAUAUGUCUCCAGAGUAUGCCAUGGAUGGUGUUUUCUCCGUGAAGUCAGAUGUCUUUAGCUUCGGUGUCUUAGUGCUUGAAAUCAUAAGUGGCAAGAAGAACAGAGGAAUUUAUAAUGCUGAGCCCAACCUAAGCCUCCUUAAUCAUGCAUGGAAACUAUGGAAGGAAGGCAAGAGCUUGGAACUGCUAGAUAAGUCAAUGGGUUGUUCUUACUCCAUUAGUGAAGUACUCAGAUGCAUACAAGUGGGCCUCUUAUGCGUUCAGGAUAGAGCCGAGGACAGACCCCAUAUGUCAACUGUAAUUUUGAUGUUGGCGAGUGCAAGCGCAAUGCUGCCACAACCAAAGCAGCCUGGUUAUUGUAGCGAGAGAAGUGCAACAGAUACAGAAUCUUCUUCGAGUUGUACGGUGAAUGAAAUAACGAUGACAAUGUUAGCAGGCCGUUAGAGGACGGCUUAUCAUUAGCUGAAGGUCAAUGCCAGCGUCGAACUAGGUAGCCUUUGGCUAAGAAAGAUUACCCAAUGUCUUGCGCUCACUUUUGUGACAGUUCAAAAGAGAUGUUCUUGCAUGCAUAUAUUUGUUGCAAAAGAUUUUGCUACUGAAAGAUUAAGUGAAUAUAUUACAUUCAAA